UGAUUUACAGUGUCUACACUCACAUCACAAAAGAUUUAUCAUAAUCGUGAUAUGUGAUCCAAUAUGUACUUUGGCGUUUUACAGAACAUCCAUCUAAAACCUGUUUUUUUGCAUUUGUGUGUGUGUGUGUGUGUGUGUGUGUGUGUGUGUGUGUGUGAAAGGUAAGUAACUAAAAGAGUUUGCAUUACAUGAUUUUAGUCGCAUUAGUUAAUCGAUCGUCAUUCGUUUUACAUAUCAUUCUGGUCUGAUACGUUUUUAGAGCAACAAUUGCUUUCAUGAUUUAUUGCGAAUGUAUCUAAAAAAAAGUAACGUUACUUAUGCAAGUGUGAAUGUAUCAUCAAACAUACCGGCAGACUUAUCAGAAAUCGGCAACGACAAUGUACAGGAUAACCAAGUUAUUUGGAUCUUCAUAGACAGCUUUCUAUUUAUCGUGAUCGUUUUGGGAAAUGUUCUCACGAUAUUAGCCAUUGCAUGGGCCCGCAGACUUCGAAACAUCGUCUCGAAUUAUUUUAUAUUCAAUUUGGCAAUAUCGGAUUUAUUAGUAGGCGUAACAUUGCCUUUUCACUUGGCAUUUUACGUGGACAGUACGUUGAACCAUAACAAGUUAUUUUGCAUCUCUCGUUUUGUGAUCAUCAGUUUAGCAUGCGGCGGAAGUAUAUACAAUCUUAUAGUGAUCGCUAUAGACCGAUAUGUUGCAAUAGUGUAUCCUUUGAACUACAGUUCGUAUAUAACAAGAAAACGCGUGUUGCUAAUUAUUACCAUUGCUUGGAUUUGUAUUAUGGGUGUAUCAUCAAUUCCAAUAUAUUGGAAUUGUUUUGAUGCUUCACGAUCAUGCGAAUUGGAAACGGUAUUACCAAGAUACUACAUAGUGGCUAUACAGAUGCCGUCGUUUUUUCUCAGUUCGAUAGCAAUGUUUUUGCUAUAUUGGAAAAUUUUGAGAGAAGCGCACAUGCAUACGCGCCGAAUGAACCUAAGUGCUGUUCCAAACAUCGCUGAGAAAAAUGAUCGCAAAGGCGUACAGGUGGUAAUGUUGAUAUUGGGCUGCUUUUCGAUUUGUUGGUUUCCCUAUUUUGUUGUAGCUUGUAUGCGAACCUUUGGUUGGAAAACGAACUCAAUGAUUAUAUGCUAUAAAUCCACGUUUGCAUUAGCAAUUGCCAACAGCGGAAUGAAUCCCUUUAUAUAUGCUUGGAAAAACGCUAGCUUUCGCAAAGCUUUCCAAAACAUCUUACACUUUAAAUCGCCGAAUAAUGAUUUAAACUCAAGCUUUAAGAUGUACUUACAAAAGCAACGAGAGCUAAAGCUCCAACAAACAAAUAUAGAAAAUAGUCAACAUAUAAAUGUCAACAACAGUAUACGCGGAAGACUAUCUGAUCAUCGAUUUGGUCGAACAAAAAAGGAUAAAGUAGAAACAACUUUAUAGAUUUAUAGAUUUAUGUUGAAUUAAAACAUAAAAAUCUUUCUUUUA